CUACAUGGAAGAGACCAGAACCAGGUGUGGGUUAAUUAGGCUUGAUAAAUAUGCACCUGUUUAACUUAUGUCUUGAAAUCGUACUGAAUUUAUAAUUAUUUGUCUUGUUUUAUUGUAUAGAAUAUUCAAUGAAAUUAAUGGUUAAAUACAUCAUUCUGAGAGAAGUUAUGUGUUAUAGAGGUUAUAACUUCAAAUGGUAAAUUAUGUGCACGUAAUUACAACAUGAAAGAUACUGAGUAUACAAUUAUGUAUAAUAUCACUAUAGGAUUUUCUUUGAUGAUGCGGUCUAGAGCUUAAAACGACCCAUUUCAGUUGAUGCUUCUUGCCUUGGUUAAUCGCUUUACAAUUCAUUAUGUUCAUCGCCCCACUUUCUAAAUGAGACAAUUGAAUGAAAUAUCUUUUUUGCUAUCAAAAUUCAUCUGCAAAAGGCAUUGGUGUAACUUGGUGUCCCGUUAAAGGGUAAAAAAUCAAUUUGACUCCGACAAUAGAAGCCAUAACUAGACAGGGUUCUACUACAGCGAGGGAGUGAAAGUGUGUAGAAGAUCGGUAGGUCGUAGUGGAUCGAUCCGAUUCACUGUCAAAGCAGUCUUCCACAGUCUAGCGGAGUUCCCCAGGAGGGUGUUAACUGCAAACAUGCCGGAAAAGAUGUGGAAUACACAGUACAUGGAAGACUUUAACAAGAAACGAACAAGAACCAAGACCAAAACUACACCAACUGAGUCAUGGAGGUACAGCAAUCAACAUCAAAAGAAGGAGUCUCUAGACCUAAGACGUCCAAAAACAGCAGGAACGAAUUCCUGGUAUAUAAAAAAAGCACAGAAGAACAUGGAGGAACGGUCACGUGCUAGUGACGUGGACAGUCCAUUCAUCGACAGCUUCAGUAACAUGCUCAACGACGCACACAAUCCAUACCAGGGAACAUUUCUGGAUAAUUACGUCAGCCCAUACCCUACCCCCUAUCCCAGCCGCCAGCAGACGCCAGUCCCACCUAGUGAUCUACAAAUAUCGGGGGAGAAAAUCAUGCUGAACAAUAGAGAAAUCCCAAAACAAUACCUGAUAGAGUUGUACGAGGCAGCCAUGGAUAAAAAGAUGGAAGAGGAAGAAAAAGGAGACGAAGAAAAACCAGAGGAGAAGAGGGAAGACGAAGAUGGCGAGGAGGUUGAUAAAGGGCCAGUUGUGGAACAGAGACCAAAGACACCAGCUCAGGAACCUCACUGGAUUUGCUGGCCAGAACCCGAGUGCAAAACAGACCUACCCAAGAGACCCAACACAGUGCUGGGCGUGCACGGGCCUGACGUCGCUGAUAUUUAUAAAGAGCUACAGGAAUCGUCGCGAGGAGCCCCUUUGACCUUUGUACCAGAGCUCCACUCGUGGGUGAACGCCACCACAGAUUACGACAGAGAAACAGCUGCUAGACUCAUGGCUAUGUCUGGAUCCCUUGCCCCACCCCUUCCUCCUGAGGCCCUGAGACCCCAACGACAAGCAACAUUCACGUUCGGAAAUAAUCGCAAAAACAUGUACAGAACAGUACCCGACCCAAGGGGAUUCUACGCGCAGUCAUGGAUGCCAUACUAUGAAGACAGAAACGCCUCUGAUGACAGAAGAGUUAGAGAAAUGGACAAGCGUCUGGCGAUGAGUGACACUUUACCCCAGUUACCAAUGUUACAGCGUAGUAAUACAUAUACAGACAUGCGUCCUAUGCAGAGACGUGUCAUACGUUACCCGAAAUCAGAGGAAUAUGUGCAUGAACAUAGCAUGUUUAUGACAACACAGCCUUUGAUACGUGGUCACUUCAUCAUUCACCCAGACUGGGUGUCGGAGAGACUUACCAAGAAGAGAAUGAAUUUAGCCAACAGAAAAGUCAGAAACGGACUAAGAUACGGAACGUCUGAAGAAUACUAGAUCCAAAAGCCACUGUUAUAGUUAUUUAUUCUUUGUUAGAGUAAGACUUAACGAAUUUUAUGCACUUGAAUACAAACUAUAUAAAGAGUUAUGACUGAAGCUGCUGCUAAUGCAUUAAUUAGUCAUGCUUGGAUCAUUCGACCAAACAAACUUAGUGUGUCUGUGUUGCUGUGACGUCCCCAGUCUCAUAUACCGACAUUCCUUUCGAACUCUAAGGAGGUACUUUCAUCUCCUUGGUGACAGUGUCGUUUUCCCUCGUUUUCCAGUGCAUCUCGUGGAAGGUGCUGAUGUUACCUUAUUCUAGUCUCCCUGUGUGUGUUUUAUGCAGUGAAUAGAAAUACUCGCUUUUCCUGAUGUCACCUACACUGUGAUAUAUUUAUAUACAAUUAUAACACUAAUCAGCGCGCACCCUUUACUUACUGUUCACGCCCGUGUAUCCCUACAUAUCUUCAUCUUACAAGAAUUGGGCAUGGAUCCAAAAUUCUUUUAUAAGUUUACUUCUUGUUCACACAAACUGAUAGAGUUGUUUUUAACUAGAACGAAUAAAUGCAAGGUAUAUUUUGAAAACAAAAUGACUGUAUCUAUGCUUCAUUUCUUGUAUGCCUCUCCACUGUUGUUUGACACUUUAUGUUUGAUCACGUGAUCGGCAGAUUAUCACGUGACUCGUUUACCUAUAUCAGUAUUAUGUUUGUAAAUUAGACGAGUGUUGGUCGCAGUACAUUGUAGAUCUCACAGUAGUCGUAUGACAUUUCUCAGAUGCAAAAAAAAAAAUAUCAAUAAAAUACGUAUAUAUUUAUUUUA